GAUAUCGCCUGUUCCAAAAGUGCGACCAAGUUCUUCAUGGCGUCCGACCCGGCUGGAAGGUUGAAACUCGUUAAGCACUAUGCCGAGUUCGAGGAUUUUGGUGGAUCACAGCCACGUGGCAUCCGACGCAAACCACUCCUAAAGAGGGAUGCAGAACUUGAUGAGGUUGUUUCUGAAGAUGAAUGGGAGGACCAAUUUUUUAAACUGGUCCUAGAUAAAAUUAACAAUGCAGUUGGUUUCAGCCACGGUACUUCAUGUAGGGAAGUACCACCUGGUGGACCGGUCCGGUUACCUUACUCAAAAGGGAAGCAAGUAUCAUCUUCAAGACCUCCAAAACGCAGCAAAAGCACAUCGUAGAAAGGAGAUAUUCAACUAUGCUCAUUCGUAAUCGCAUAGAAAUGUCAUCGAAAGGGCCUGCCACCAUGUUUUUCUGCGCCUACUAUUGCCCUUGGGCUAAUGAAUAAGUCUUGACAAACGUGUGAGUCAAAGUAUGCAUGCUUUAUGUAGAUGUUGUAAUAUUUUUCAGCUUUGUAUGUUUGAGGACAUUUAUUUUUACUCGUUGAGGACAUGUAAUGAUUUUUUGAAUGGUUCCAUGAUGUUUUUAGCACCAUUUGCACUGAAUAAAAUAUUGAGUUGAUUA